CCCUGACAAAUAUGGGUAGGGACGGAUCCACCCCUCAAAAAAAAGCAGGGACAAAUGACACCCCAAAAGUAUCGAUUUACCCAAAUCGAUCAUUAUCUAACGGGUGACGUCAUCACCGUCACGAUCGCCGUUUAGCUCGUGCCAGCGUGUCUUUUUUUCACACGCUGGAUGCUGAGGUGUACCAAUCCCGCCCGUUUCACACACCGUGUCACCCUUUAUUCCCCUUUCCUUGUCAUGGACCCCAUUUAGCCCUAAAAAAGGAAGAAGGAAAACCAACCUCUACCUCUUCGACUCUGAUUUGCAGCGAAAAUCGAAAACCCAUUUCUCAAAGAAAUCUUUGAACCAAAUUCACUUUUGAAAUGGCAGAUGAUUACUGGGGGAUUUUGUCCAUUUUCCAUGGGGGGACAUUCGUGGCUGGACCUCCAUUUGAGUACAAAGGGGGAAUAUGUACAGAACAUGCAUUUGACUGUGAUAUGUUGAAUGUUGAUGUUAUUAUGGAUUUCAUUGUAGGUUUAGGAUAUGAGGACAUUAUGAUUAAAAAUGUUUACUACAAAAGAAUGUUAGCAAGCAUGCCUAGGCAUUUAAAGUCUUUGGCAGGUGAUGAUAGUAUUAGGGAUGUUAUGAGGAUUGUCAGAGAAGAGAUGAUAUGUGAGUUUUAUGUGGACCAUGAGGUUAAUUUUGCUGAAAUUGCUCCUCUACCAAUAGGUUGGAUUGAUAAUGAUGUAGUUUAUGAGGAUUGGGGACCACAAGAUAGGGUAGGCCAGAAUGGUAACAAUGAAGUUAAUGAGGGAGAAGAGGGAGGUGACAUAGGGAACAUAACCCAAGACAGGCCAAUUGGUGGUAAUAAGGGUAAAUUUGGAAAUUCAUUUGAAAGAGGUGAAUGCAGUAAUAGAGGUGGCUGUGAAGAAGAGUGUUCUGUUGAUGAUUGGAGCUCAACAGAUGAAGAAGCAGAUCCUGUUGAUGGUAGUGACAGAGAUGAUGAUGAAGCCAUUGCUGUGAAGGCUACUGCAAGGUCUCUAAGGAGACCAACAGAAGGAUUAGAGGUUCCUCCAGGUUUUGAGGGUUCAAAAACAGGGGUUAGGUACAAAACUGUUGCAAAGAAACCAACUCCUAGAUCUACCCCCACAAAGAAAGCAACAGAUCCAACCUCAACAUCUACAAGCAAAGGGGUUCCAAUAGAUCCUGUUGAGAAGGCCAGAAGGAGAAAGGAAAAGGCCAAGCUUGCAGAGAAGAGGUAUAAAACAUUGCCACAAGGUAGGGGGUCUUACAAGGGGAAGGACUUAACCCUUAAAAAAGGAAAGAAGGGAGAUCCAGUACAUCCAUCCCAAUCAGUUCUAGUUGAUAAUGAUGAGUGCUUAUACAGUGAUAAUGAUGGGAGAGAUAGUGAAUAUGCUCCAAGUGAUGAUGCUGGCAAGUUGAGAGACUCAUCAACAGAUUCUGAAGAUGACAUUUUUCUUGCUCCUAGGGCAGCAGAUAGACCAAGAAGAGCUGCAAAUGUCUACUUUAAUCCUGCUUGGGAUGUCCCUAGUUUUGAAGUUGGAAUGAGGUUUCAAAGUUCCAAACAAUUCAAGGAAGCAGUCAAACCCGCACGCUCCGCACGCUCCGCUGCAAUCCGCCCAACAGCCCCCGUAACCAAUCCUCCUUCACCGCCUUCCGAUUAUUGUCUCAGCAAACAACAAAUCAUCGACUUGUUUCAGAACUGCAUUAAACUCGCCAGCGAAAAUAAAAUAAACCAGAAGAAUACUUGGGAGUUGAAGCUUAUUGAUCAUCUUAGUGAUAUCAUCAAAGUUGAUGCUGCAGAAGCUGAUUCACAGACUAAUUUCCAAAGGGCAAGUUGCACGAUGGAAACCGGCGUGAAAGUUUACUGUGUCAGAGUAGAUGCUGCGCAUGGAUAGGCAAGUCGCCUGAAUUUGUUUUACUCCCCAAUCAGGAUGGCAGUUAUUUCAUUGGCUUUAUCUUCUAAAACGGCAAUGGAAAAUGGACGAGAUGGCAUAGUUUCUUUGCAGUAUUUCUACCGCUGGAAAUUCAAAUUGACUGAUCACAAUAAUCCGACAUUCUGCUU